GAGUAUUUGGAAUUCAGGCAAAGAGUCUCCAACAUAAUCGUACAAACAUCCUUUUGGGUUGAAUGAUUGCUUUUCGUACUAUUGGUCGAUUAAGCAAAAAAAUAUUUAUUAUUAUUAUUAUUUCAAAAUCAUUACGUUUUGCUCUAAGUUGAAGAGUAACAUACGAAAGGUCAAUGUCUGUAUUCACUCUGUAACUUUUUUAGUUGACAUGAAGCAUUUACUUUCUAAACUGUUCGGUGCUACAUAUUGUGCCCGUCAGACACAGAGGGUUUGCUCUCAUUGUGUUAGUACUUGGACUUCUUUGGCUACAGCAUUUAACACUAGGCCAGCAAGAAAAUUGAAUUUAAGUUUGACACGGGAUGACACUGGCUUAUUUGGAUUACCUGAACUUCGAAGUCAUGAUGGAUUUUAUGCAAUGAAAGAUCAUGCAGUAAGGGAGACAGAAAAACUAAUUCAAGAAUCAUGUAGUGCUAAUCGAUCCAGAAAAAUGGUAGAAAUUUUUGAUGAACUCUCAGACACGUUAUGUAAGGUAGCUGAUUUGGCCGAAUUCAUUAGGAUUGCUCAUCCUCGUGCUGCAUUUUCUCAAGCUGCUGAAGAUGCGUGUGUUAGUAUCAGUGGCAUUGUUGAAAAGCUUAAUACUCAUAGAGAAUUGUAUUCUGCAUUGAGAACAGUUGUGGAUUCAAAGGACAAAUUUCCAACGACAUCUGUUGAUGACCAUGUAUCACGGUUAUUUCUCUUUGACUUUGAGCAGUGUGGUAUUCACUUGCCAGAGGAUGCGAGAAGACGUGUUGUGGAGUUAAAUGAUUACAUUCUUCAGUUAGGCCAGAAAUUCAUGGCUGGAGCUGUUAGCCCUCGCAGUGUUCCAAAAGAACUUCUUCCUGAUAAUAUUCGGCACUUAUUUGCAGUGGAUGGAGAUCAAGUAAUAGUAAGUGGUUUGUAUGCAGAUUCUCCCAAUGCUCUGGCUAGAGAAGCAGCCUAUAGAAUUUUCCUAUACCCUGACAAGCACCAAGAAUAUCUCCUGGAAGAAAUGCUUCAAGCAAGGCAUGAGUUGGCCAAAUUAUGUGGUUUUCCAACUUAUGCACACAGAGCUCUGAAAGCUAGCACAGCUGAAACUCCUGGGAUGGUCACAGAGUUCCUAAAUAUUAUGUCAGAACAGUUAAGAGGAAGAGCAGAUAAUGAUUUCAAGACAAUGACAGAAAUGAAAAUUGCAGAAAAUCCAUAUCUAAAGGAACUGGCACCAUGGGAUACACCUUACUUUACACAAAAGGCAAAACGUGAAUGGCUUCAGGUUGGAAGUUCCGAGUUUUCUCCUUAUCUUUCAUUAGGGGCAUGCAUGGAAGGACUGAAUAAUCUCAUGAGACAUUUGUAUAAAAUUAAUUUUGUGAAUGAUGAAUUGCAACCAGGAGAAGUAUGGGCCCAAGAUGUGUAUAAAUUGGCAGUUAUCCAUGAAGAAGAGGGUCUACUUGGCCAUAUAUACUGUGAUUUUUAUGAACGGCCAAAUAAACCAAACCAAGAUUGCCACUUCACUAUUAGAGGUGGGAAGGAUCUUCCUGAUGGGUCAUAUCAGAAUCCAGUGGUUGUUCUAAUGCUGAAUUUUCCUCUUCCUCGAUGGUCAUCUCCAAGUCUUCUGAGCCCCAGUAUGGUCGACAAUUUAUUUCAUGAGAUGGGCCACGCUAUGCACUCUAUGCUUGCUCGCACCAAAUAUCAACAUGUGACUGGAACUAGGUGUAGUACUGACUUUGCUGAAGUGCCAUCUGUACUGAUGGAAUAUUUUGCUGCUGAUCCUAGGGUUGUCCGAACAUUUGCAAAACACUUCCAAACUCAAGAAAAAAUGCCUGAGGAUAUGUUAUCUCGUCUGUGUGCAUCUAAGCAUCUUUUCGCCGCAUCUGAAAUGCAAAUACAAGUCUUCUAUUCAGCACUAGAUCAAUGUUAUCAUGGGAAACAUCCUUUGCCUGGAACUACAACUGAAGUGUUGGCUGCAAUGCAGAAGGAAUAUUAUGGCAUUCCAUGUGUGUCAAAUACUGCCUGGCAGCUUAGAUUUUCACACCUUGUGGGUUAUGGUGCCAAGUAUUACUCUUAUUUGCUGUCAAGAGCAGUUGCCUCAUGGAUAUGGCAGGAAUAUUUUGAAGCAGAUCCUCUGAAUUCAUCAGCUGGAGAACGUUAUCGUCGGGAGUGCUUGGCUCAUGGAGGAGGAAAGCCAGCUCGUGAACUGGUAGCUCACUUCCUUCAACGGGACGUUACACCUCAGAACCUUGCUCAGAGCCUCAUUACUGAAAUAGAUAACAAGCAAGCUCAUAUUGAGAAAAUGAGAGUGUGAUGCCCUUUCUGUUAAUUUUUCAGUUUCUUUAAAUGUUUUUUUCAAACUCUAACAUUGUAAAUAAAUGUAUAUACAUAUAUAAAUACAUAAACAUACAGUAUCUCAGAAUUUCUUGUUUCCUUUUAGUAUACAUCCCCCU